GCUGGACGAGAUUUGCUUUCUCAUUAUUCAAGUUGAAUUUUAGGAGAAUUCUCUCCGAUCCCUUGGGAGACGAUUUUGCUUGCUGCUGUCUGUGCAGUGUGGGCAUAACGGCUGACUGCCGAAUAUUUUUGGUGUAAAACGACGCACCAAAUUUUGGCGCCGUUGCCGGGGAUCGGUUUUUAAGUACUAAUUUUCUUAUUAUUUCGAUUUGCCUUUUUAUUUUUAUUUCUUUUUUGUUUGAUGUUGAUCUAGAGCUGAAGCUGAAAUAUGUCUGAAGAUGGGGACGAUGACCGUGAUGAUUUUCUACCACUACCACCGUUGAUAAGAGAGUUGGGCCGCCACAAGAGAAAUCAUCCGCUAUGCUUUGUGUUGCCCACGAUUAAUCAAAAUGCUGAAAUCAAGCCUGACUUCAUUCAAGUUCUUCCAUAAUUCAGCAACUCGCUUGGAGAGAGUGCAUAUAAACAUCUUGCUGAAUUUGAUUUAGUUUGCAUUACUUUACGCCCUCAAGGUUUUUCUGAAUAUCAUUUAAGAUUACUAACUUUUCCUCAUAUAUUGCAGGGUAGAGCUCGAGAUUGGUUGUUUGAUCUAUCACCUGGAUCAAUCAGAACUUGGAACGACUUAGAGGAGCAGUUCUUGCGUAAAUUCUUUCCAGAAUCAAAGGCUGCAAAUCUAAGAAUAGCUAUUAGUAGCAUCAAGCAGAGGCAACAAGAGUGUUUGUCUGAUUAUUGGGAGAGAUUUCAACAAUUAUGUCAUAGAUGUCCUAACCACGGAUUUUCUGAUUAUCAGUUGCUCAUUAAUUAUUUUUAUUGUGGUAUGUCUUCUUUUGACAGGAGGAUUGUUGAUGCUGCUUGUGGAGGAAGUUUGACCAACAAGACCUUGGAUGAAGCAAAACAAUUAAUUUUUGAUAUGGUCUCCAAUGGUCAACAAUAUGAGGAUAAGGAUGAUGAUAGGUAUAGGCCAAUCAACAUAGUAGAAGAUGCAAGUGUGAAUGAGAAAUCCGAUGCUUUAACUUCCUUAGUUAGAGGCUUUGUUGGAGCUCAAAUUCAGAAGGAUAAUAAUCCAAAUUUCAGCUGGAAUCAUUCGCCUGAAUUUUUCACCAGCACACAGCCGCAGGCUGGGCGGUAUGCCCAUACCGACCGCCCAGAGCCCAGUAUGAGCGAUAUUCUUAAAAGUCUGGAACAGAGCAGUCAGAUUAUUAAUAAUCUGGUACAAAGUCAGCAAGCUUUCCAGCAAGAGACGCAGGCUGUGUUGGGUAGUAUGGGCACACAGAUCACUCAACUCACCACUCAAGUGAACAAGUUGCAAGCCAAUCAUGGAAAACUUCCAUCUCAAGAAGUACAUCCCAAGGAAUAUGUUUAUGCUGUGAAUUUCAUGACUGAGGAAGACUUCUUUGAUCCAAAGCCCAUAAAAGAUGAAAAGGAGACAGAAGAGCAAGAAAGUGCUCAAAACGAUGAAUUUGUCAAAGAGGCACAACAAUAUGAAAAUCUCUCUUCUUCCGAGGUAAGUGUUGAAUCUAAAAUUUCUAAUUCUAAAGCACUAAUUCCUUUCGUUUUUCCUUUCAGUUGGCCCAAAACAAGGAAAAAGAAUGUGGCAAGGAGAUUCUGGAAAUAUUCACGAUGAAUAAUGAACCACCAGAAUAUUAUGAUGAAAUUCAAGGGUGUAAAGUGCAUUCGAACUCCACCAAUGAAAUUCACACUUGGCAUCUGUUGCGCGGUAUGCCCAUUCCGACCAGCACUGAACAAAUUGUGCCUUCAAUUGUGAAACUGCCAAAGCGGAAAUUGAAACCACCUGAUUAUUGAUCCAAUUUCAGGGAAGUUCUGUUUAUUUGCUUUCGUUUUUAUUUUAUUG